GGCCGCCUGACUCAAUCGUUCUUGAGUGGCUUGUUGCGUUUUUGCGCCAGGUUCUGACCGAAUCGUUGACGUAUGCUGCUGACGAGCUGUUUGGAUCAGCGGGGAAGGACAGGCUGAAGCAUCUAGUCGCCAACACAACGCAGCCCACUAUGACGAAAGUCAUGACCGUCAAGGAGUUCCUCAGCCGUGAGGAGUGGCGCACCGCCAUCAUGCAGGAGCUCUCCGAGAGAGAAGGUCUGCAGACAUUGGUGAAGCAGCUGUGCGGCGAGCGAGCAAAAGAGGUCAGACUAGUGAAAGGAAGAUAGACGAUCACCUAUGGCAUUCCAUUCGUGUUUGUGUCCCUAUGUGUGUGCGCAGAAAGGCGUGUCAAUCACCGCUGUCAAAACAGAGUACAUCGAGACUACGCUCCGCUAUACCGACGCUUGCCGCAAACACCUGGUGGACUACGCGAAAGACUUCAAGGAUCUGGCAACUAUGGGCAGCUCACUGGCCGAGUAUGCCGACAUCACUCCGUUUCACAUGAGGCGCAUCGAAGAAGAGCUGGCGGAAGUGCGCUUUCCCCCUGCCAUCCGGCUAAGGAUGGCCAGGCAGCCGCCGCAUGACGAGUCGGUACGCGAGAGUAUUGAGGGGCCGCCGGUGACGCUGUGCGAUGGCAACCAAGUGUCCGUGACGGAUUUGGCGCUGAGUGUGCAGGGGCUAAUUUGAUCCACCGAUUCGGUGUUCUCUGUUGACCAAAGUUUGGUAUUUUCCUGCAUUGUGUGUUCGUGUGAGAUUGUUGACUGGUUGACAGAUGUAAGCCGUUUCAUAUCCCAUGUGUUUAUCAAGAUUGAAGACAAGACGUGAGAUGCACCGUAUCGAUAAUUGGUGCCUUCAAGUAUGAAACGAG